GCCGGGCGGCGGGCCGGGGGAGCUGGCGCCCGUCGGGCCGGACGAGAAGGAGAAGGGCGCCGGCGCUGGGGGGGAGGAGAAGAAGGGGGCGGGCGAGGGCGGCAAGGACGGGGAGGGGGGCAAGGAGGGCGAGAAGAAGAACGGCAAGUACGAGAAGCCACCGUUCAGCUACAACGCGCUCAUCAUGAUGGCCAUCCGGCAGAGCCCGGAGAAGCGGCUCACGCUCAAUGGCAUCUACGAGUUCAUCAUGAAGAACUUCCCCUACUACCGCGAGAACAAGCAGGGCUGGCAGAACUCCAUCCGCCACAACCUGUCCCUCAACAAGUGCUUCGUGAAGGUGCCGCGCCACUACGACGACCCGGGCAAGGGCAACUACUGGAUGCUGGACCCGUCCAGCGACGACGUGUUCAUUGGCGGCACCACGGGCAAGCUGCGGCGCCGCUCCACCACGUCGCGGGCCAAGCUGGCCUUCAAACGCGGGGCGCGCCUCACCUCCACGGGCCUCACCUUCAUGGACCGCGCCGGCUCCCUCUACUGGCCCAUGUCGCCCUUCCUGUCUCUGCACCACCCCCGCGCCAGCAGCACUUUGAGUUACAAUGGCACCACGUCUGCCUACCCCAGCCACCCCAUGCCCUACAGCUCCGUGUUGACUCAGAACUCGCUGGGCAACAACCACUCCUUCUCCACAGCCAACGGCCUGAGUGUGGACCGGCUGGUCAACGGGGAGAUCCCGUACGCCACGCACCACCUCACGGCCGCCGCGCUCGCCGCCUCGGUGCCCUGCGGCCUGUCGGUGCCCUGCUCCGGGACCUACUCCCUCAACCCCUGCUCCGUCAACCUGCUUGCGGGCCAGACCAGUUACUUUUUCCCCCACGUCCCGCACCCGUCAAUGACUUCGCAGAGCAGCACGUCCAUGAGCGCCAGGGCUGCGUCCUCCUCCACGUCGCCGCAGGCCCCCUCGACCCUGCCCUGUGAGUCUUUAAGACCCUCUUUGCCAAGUUUUACGACGGGACUGUCCGGGGGACUGUCUGAUUAUUUCACACAUCAAAAUCAGGGGUCUUCUUCCAACCCUUUAAUACAUUAACAUCCCUGGGACCAGACUGUAAGUGAACGUUUUACACACAUUUGCAUUGUAAAUGAUAAUUAAAAAUAAGUCCAGGUAUUUUUUAUUAAGCCCCCCCCCCUCAUUUCUGUACGUUUGUUCAGUCUCUAGGGUUGUUUAUUAUUCUAACAAGGUGUGGAGUGUCAGCGAGGUGCAAUGUGGGGAGAAUACAUUGUAGAAUAUAAGGUUUGGAAGUCAAAAUUAUAGUAGAAUAUGUAUCUAAAUAGUGACUGCUUUGCCAUUUCACUCAAACCUGACAAGUCUAUCUCUAAGAGCCGCCAGAUUUCCAUGUGUGCAGUAUUAUAAGUUAUCAUGGAUUUAUCUGGUCGACGCAGACCUUGAGAACAACCUAAAUUAUGGGGAGAGUUUUAAAAUGUUAAACUGUAAUUUGUAUUUAAGAAGCAUUCGUAGUAAAGGUGCCCAAGAAAAUUAUUUUGGCCAUUUAUUGUUUUGUCCUUUUCGUUAAAGAACUGUUUUUUUCUUUUGUUUACUUUUAGACCAAAGAUUGGAUUCUAGAAAAUGCACUUGGUAUACUAAGUAUUAAAACAAACAAACAAAAAAGGAAAGUUGUUUCAGUUGGCAACACUGCCCAUUCAAUUGAAUCGGAAGGGGACAAAAUUAAUGAUUGCCUUCAGUUUGUGUUGUGUAUAUUUUGAUGUAUGUGGUCACUAACAGGUCACUUUUAUUUUUUCUAAAUGUAGUGAAAUGUUAAUACCUAUUGUACUUAUAGGUAAACCUUGCAAAUAUGUAACCUGUGUUGCGCAAAUGCCGCAUAAAUUUGAGUGAUUGUUAAUGUUGUCUUAAAAUUUCUUGAUUGUGAUACUGUGGUCAUAUGCCCGUGUUUGUCACUUACAAAAAUGUUUACUAUGAACACACAGAAAUAAAAAAUAGGCUAAAUUCAUAUAUAUCUUGAUACUUUUGUCUCUUUAUUAAGUAGAGCUAAUUUUUGAAAGACCACUCAAUUUAUAGGGAAUUCAAAGGCUUUUUCAGCCAAAUUAAAAUUUAAACUGCUCCUUUAAUUUGAACUGAGAAUCUAAAAAUGAAAAUAGUAUUUUUCCCCCUUGUGGGCAAAUUUUACCAGGAGCAGGCUAUUAAAUAAACACUAGCUUUAAACAAAGUAUAGGCUUUUCAGCUAAUAUCUUUUAAGUUUUUGUGGAUAUACAGCAAAAAGAGAUAUUUAAUUUUAUGUGCAUAGCUGUUUACUCUGUGUUUAUUUUAAAACAGUUAAUAGAAUGCUUUUUAUAUAUUUUGUUUCAGGUAUCUUGUUUAUAGCACUUGGCAAAUUAUAAAUAAAUAUAUGUAUAUGGUUAGAUAGAAGUGAAUAAUGAACACAUAUGUAAUAUAUAUAGACACACAGAGCCCUUCAGUUCAGGUACAAUUUGCGCUAUGAAUGCUGCAAACAUUUUUGUUUAAAUAUUUGUAUUUAUACUUUCUAAGUCAGCAUUUAUUUUUGUGGCUGUUUACCCACAAUGAAAGAGUUCUAAUAAAGAUGUGCUGAAGUUGCAAUAGAUUUUGCUGAAGUGAUCACCUGUUGUAAUGACUUGCAGAUCAAUGUUGAUAUUUUAAUUUUAAAUUAUAACAAUUUAAAAUUCUAAAUAUUCAGAAGUAAAACCUCUCUUCUUUUCCCCCUAUUUUUACAACAUGGAGGUAUUUAUUUGAUUCUCUUUUAAAUGUCUGUAUAAUUUAAUCUAGAGAUUUGUUCCUUUUGCUUACACUGAAUCAUAAUUUUGUUUUAACUUGCAAUAUGCAUAUGUUAUGCAUAUAUGCAUAUAUAUGAAACAAAAUGAAAACAUUUUAAAAAUUGUUUCAGAAAGCCCAAAUGCUAUAAUUCAAAAAAAAAAAUUAGAAAACCUGAGUAAAAGUUUCAGUAACUAAUUGGAUCCUGUGGAGAAUCUAUGGAGGACAAGUUGUUCAUUUGUUAUAGUUGUAUAGUUUGAAAUGUGUUCUUCAGUAAUGCAAUAAGCUGGCUGCUUCUUACAAUGGGUCCAAUGAAAAAUAAUCUGUCCCUAAGAUGUUAUCAGCAAACAGAGAGUUGCUCUGAGGGGAAAAAAAAGAAAAAAAGAAAACAGCUUUGGGGACAAGCAAAUUGACUGAAGUGGAUUUGAAAUGUAGAAUAGUUAAUAUUGGAAAAUCUGAGUGUGGGUUGUGGAAUGAGAUGGGGGAAGAGCAAAGGAGCAAGCUCGAGGUGCCAGGAAAAUUUAAAAAGAGCUGGAACCAAAUAUACAUAAAUGGGGAAUGGGCAAAAAAUAGACCAACUAGUUUAAUUAUCUCUUUUAAGCAGACUGAAUAUGAUUUUAUUUUCUUAGCAUGAAAACAGAUUCAUUUAAGAUCUGUUUCCUGAAAUUUAACCGUUCUUCAGAAUGAAGCAGAAAAGAAAAUUUCACAAAUUAUUGUUUUAAAAGCCAAAUUUAUGACUGAUUAAAAAGAGUACAAAUGCUGAUCUUAGGCAAAGGAAAUCCCCAUUACACAAUUGGAAACCAAAAUAGCUCCAAGAAAGGCAUGUGUUUAAGCUGGAAAAAAGGUGAUGAUUUAUUGUUUGCUUUUGCCAUGGAUUUUAUUUGUGGAAUGAGAAUGUGCUACCAGAGAGGUAAUACAGUAUUUUGCCUUCCAAAGUUAUAAGAAAGUCAAACUCUUGUACUGAGAUAAAGAGAUAUAGGAGAUUUUCUCCAUGGGUAUUUUUCUUCUGGUCAAAUUAAAUACCUAUACUUAUUUGUGAUUAUGUGUUUAUUUGGAUGAUAGAAAUUGAAUUUCAAUGGCAAACUUAGUAUUCUGAAGUCAAGGGUAAAAUUCAUUUCUUUGCAUUCCUAAAACUAAGUACUGAAGUAGAAGUUGUGUUUGGACACAUGUCCAAAUUACAUAUACAAUGGAUAUGAUUAGAAAUGUGGUUAUUAGACAUUCUAGAAGGGGGGUAUCCAGAGGAAAAAAGUGAAGGCCUCCUGAAGCCUAAUGUGAACAUUUCAUUUACCUUGAUUAUCCUAUCAUUCCUCAAGGUAUCUUCUAAAACAAACAAACAACAAAACUCACACAUGACAGUCUGGCAUGGCAUUUAUACAUUUUUGCAUAAUGUGUUGUUUGUCACCAAUUUUUGGCAGUUGAAAUUAACUCAUGCCAGAAAAAUACUUCAAAACUUUUUGAAGAUUAUUUUCUUUCAAACUUGUAAUUAGUUUUAAUGAAAUAGCAAUUGUCUUUUUUGAGAUUUUCAAACUGAAAAUGACCACAGCUUAAAACUUGAAAUCUCCAAAUAUAGUUCAUUUAGGUUUAAAGUGUUUUACUCGAAUUUAUCUGGUAUAAAGUUAAACUAUUAAUAUAUAAAACACUGAGAAAGUAAUGUAAACUGGAGCAGUGAAGGAAUUUUUCCAACUAUGUUUCUUCCUAAUAUGUUAUAAAAUUGGGCAUCGAAUGAACAUAAAGUCUAGAACUAACAAUACUUAACACAAGUAUCCAUGUGAUGAUGGUAGCCUUCAUGUGGUUUCUGACUGGCAUCAAAUCAAGGAUAGAGAGGCAAAAAAUGUGUUUUGCAGUGUAUUGAUUUUAAUAUAUAUUUAAUUUGUUACAUACUUCACUCAAAUAGGUGGAUAAAUUAAUAUAUUUAGGACUCUAAAGCGUGGUAUGAAGUGUAUUUUCUACAUCAUUGUUGAGGAAUUUGCAUGCAUUGAAAUAAUUUGCUUUUGAGAAAUUAAUUUUAUGAUUAGUUAAAGUUGUGUUUGAGACUAAAAUCCUGUUGGAGAAUUAGGCUAACAAAGGGUGAAGGUGAAGAUCAUUAGAGGUUUUAAAGCUGGCUGAGAGGGGUUGCUGGGGUUGUGUAACUGUGCCUAGAGGGCGGGGUUCCUGUACAUUCCUACUUCACCAGAUAACCUGCCCCCAACACCACUUCAGCUUCUGCCAGACAGAUGGAACUCUCCAACAUGAAAAUCUGCGCAUCCAAUCCAACAAGCACGGCUCUGCCUGAGGUUGUCUGAAGGAUGCCGUGGGAAAAGACCAAAGAAUUGGGAGAGCUCUUACCCCAAGAUCGACUUUUUUUUUUUUAUCGGUCUGUACAACGAAGGUUGCCAUGGUCUUCUACUUCGCAUCCAAGGAUAUCUACUCAAGGAUAUGCUGAUAUCAAACCAGUUUCCAAGCAGAAAAUUCAUCUUGGAGGAAGAUAUUUUUCAAGAAAAAGUUACUUCAGCAGUUUAAAAAAAUUUUUUUGGAUGGUAGUAGUGGGUAUCAAACCCAUGGCCUCUUGUAUGCCAGGCAAGCACUCUACCACUGAGCCAUAUCCCCAAACAUUCCAGCAUUCUUUUAAAAAAUAUUUUCUCCUAUAGUAUCCUCCAGACUCUAAACUAAUAGUAGGUUUCUUAAGUUCAUCCAGAUCUCUCCUCCAUGUCAGAAUAUUCAGAAUACUCUGUGUGUGUGUGUGUGUGUGUGUGUGUGUGUGUGUGUGUGUGUAUGUGUGUUUGGGGGAGUAUACUAGGGAUUAAAACCAGGAACAUUCCCCACUUCUUUUAUUUUGAGACAGUCUUGCUGUGUUGUCCAGGCUGGCCUCAAACUUGCAGUCCUCCUGCCUCAACCUCCCCAGUAAUUAGAAAUUACAGGUGUUCAUGGUGUGUCUGGCCAUGUCUGUAUUCUUGGUCAUUUUGCUACCUUCUGGCUCCAAAGAUAAAGAAGAAAUAAUAAUAAAUGAAUAAAAAUCGUU